GUUUAGGCUGUCUCUUGUUGUUACCUGGCUCCUCGGACUGUCUCUUUUGUUAUUCUGGCCAAUUUCAUUUCUCGGCCUCCGCAUUACUGGAGGUACCGGAUGACAAGGAACUCGGUUCCAGUAUUAUAACAGAAUCUUGGUCCUUGCUAUUGCUGUAACCGCCCACCAUGGUCGCAUAUGAACCUCCCGCAACCGCCUCUGCCAGUCACAAAGCAUUUGCCGAGUACAUCAAUGCCUUUGAUGCCUUUGACGCCGAGAGGCUUCUAGCUACUUUCGAUGACGACAACUUCACGUUUACGCUCUUGCCUAAAGCGAUGGCAGUCCCAUCUAUGAACAAGGCCCAGUUUAAAGGGUAUUUCUUCGCAUCCGUGCUGCCAGCAUUCAAUGGCAUGUCUUUGAAAGUACAUGAAGUCAUAGAGGCCGGAGAAGGCACCAUCGUAGCACAUGCUCAAUCCGAUAGUGUUUCCAAGCUCGGAACGGAGUGGCACAACGAGUACAUCUUCCUCUUCAAGUUUGCGGCUCCCAAAGGCGGUGAACUUCCUAAGAUAACUUCAUAUACGGAAUAUGUGAACAGUGCUAUGGUCGCCGGAUUUAUUGCGGAGGAGACAAAGAAGAGAGCCUCGCUGUGAAGAACCCAGGACUUGCAACCUAGAGAAUAUGUCUUCAACGACACAGUGUACCGUUUAGAUGAUUAUCAUUAGACUUCAAUGACCACGAUAGAAAACGACAGUAUUAUCAAGGAUCAUCGAGAACCAGGAACACUCUCAUCAUCGUAGCUAUUCCUCUGGCUGCA